CUCAGACCUUCACACUGGACACUGAGCCCUCAGGACCUUUCUCCUCCGGGAUUCAGCUUUAGUGGAAUAUUUCCCUCUGAGAAUCUGGACCUGAACACCUGCUGGAGUCCGUCCUGCCUGAACGGGAAACAUCCAAGAGUGUGACUAAUAUGAGGAUGCCUUUGAAUGGGCUAGAUCCAGGAAUCAGAGUGUGGCGCUUCCAUUGCAUUUAGACCGGGGAGCAGAAUGCAAACAAACCGGUGAACCGCCGUGGCCUGUUAAACCCCCACCCUCAUAGCCACCAGCACCAACCAGCACCAACCCAGCUUUGGGCCGGCUCUAGACACUUCGACUCUGCCAGACGAUUUGCGCCAAACGCCAUGGAUUUCAUGCUACCCAUGAGAAGUCAAGACAGGAAGGCUUCCUCCAGCUCUCCUCUUCUGGGACCUCGCAGCAACUGCAGAAGGAAACAUUACCAGAGCGUCAAGAGAAAGCUGCGGCCUGGACGGAUCUUUGGCUUCGUCAUCAGCCUGGUGGUGGUCUGCAUAGUGGGUUCAUGGAGUGCCUUUUCGCUGGCCACGAUGGUGGCCAAAGAGCUGGGACCAAAUGGCGAGGGCUCAGCAGAGGAUGCAGUGCCCCACAGAACUCUUCUGCAAUACAACAACCUCUCAGCAGCGCCAGACGACACACCGGUGGCCAUGCGAUCAUCUGAGAUAGAAAUGAAUCACGGAGACUACCCAACGGACUACUUCACCGUGGAGGACAGACGUCAGGGCUUUGUGGUGUUUCAUAUGUUUGGUAUGCUCUACAUGUUCAUAGCCUUAGCCAUCGUCUGCGAUGAGUUUUUUGUACCUGCACUAACUGUUAUCACAGAGAAGCUGCAGAUCUCUGAUGAUGUCGCAGGAGCCACCUUCAUGGCUGCAGGCGGCUCAGCCCCAGAGCUCUUCACCUCUGUCAUUGGAGUCUUUGUCUCCCACAGUAAUGUAGGUAUCGGCACCAUCGUGGGCUCCGCUGUAUUCAACAUCCUGUUUGUGAUCGGGAUGUGCGCCCUGUUCUCCAAAGAGGUGUUGAACCUCACCUGGUGGCCUCUGUUCAGAGACGUCUCCUUCUAUAUCGUUGGCCUGCUCAUGCUCAUCUAUUUCUUUCUGGAUAAUCAAAUUGUGAUGGGGGAAAGUAUCAGCCUGCUGAUGUGCUACUCCUGCUAUGUGACAUUCAUGAAGUUCAAUCGCAAAGUAGAACUGUUCAUCAAGGGCUGCCUGGGCAGCAACCAGGUGGACGAGCUGGAGAGUGCACCCAAGUGUGGCAAUCAACAGCAACACAAACCGGAGACAGAGUCAGAACAGGAGGUUGCACCAGUAGACGAUGAGAACAAACUGAUGGCGAAGCCCCGGCUGCAGAGGGAGGGCAGCUGUGCUUCUCUACACAACUCACUAAUGAGAAACAGCAUCUUCCAGCUCAUGAUCCACACCCUGGACCCGCUGAGCGAUGAAGGUAUGGGACGUUUCAAAGAGAAAGCGUCGAUUCUUCACAAAAUGGCGAAGCAGAAGUGUAAAGACGACGCUAUCAAUGCCAACGGUAUAGGAGUCCUUCCCCAGGCACAAGCAUCAAGGAGUGCAAUUUCUGAUAAAAACAUCCCCAACAGUUCAAACGUCGCAGUGGAGGUGACGCCGCCCAUGAACGGUGUCGCAGGAGGGGACGAGGGUGAGGAAGAGGAUGAUGAAGACCAGCCUCUGAGUCUGGCCUGGCCUGAAACCAACAGGAAAAGAGUCACUUACCUAAUUAUCCUGCCCAUUGUCCUACCACUGUGGCUCACACUGCCCGACGUCAGGAGAGAGAGCUCAGAGAGGUUCUUCCCCGUGACUUUCAUCGGCGCCAUUUCUUGGAUUGCUUUCUUCUCCUACCUGAUGGUGUGGUGGGCUCACCAGGUUGGAGAGACGUUCUGGAUCACAGAGGAGAUCAUGGGUCUGACCAUAUUAGCAGCCGGCACUUCAAUCCCCGACCUGAUCACCAGUGUAAUUGUGGCGAGAAAAGGCCUCGGGGACAUGGCCGUGUCCAGCUCUGUGGGCUCCAACAUCUUUGACAUCACUGUGGGCCUGCCAUUCCCCUGGCUCAUCUACAACAUCAUCAACGACUUCAAGCCGGUACAGGUGAGCAGCAACGGCUUGUUCUGCGCCAUCGUCCUCCUCUUCAUCAUGCUCCUCUUCGUCAUCAUCUCCAUCGCGUCUUGCAAGUGGAGAAUGAGCAAGAUGCUGGGCCUCUUCAUGUUCGUGCUCUACUUCGUGUUCCUCAUCAUCAGUGUCAUGCUGGAGGACAAGAUCAUCACCUGUCCUGUCACCGUCUGAGUGAGCGGCCGAGUCUCAGAAAGCUGAAAUGAAACCGACAUAUGCUCAUGUGCACCAACAUUGACGGAAACUCCUGUCAGUCCCACAUAUACACACAGUAGAAGACUGGAUACACACACACACACACACACACACACAUUGGCAUCCACACGCUCAGUGUCAAGCUGUACCUGCACACACACAUGAAGCAAACACGUAAACAUGCACAGGUUGUUUCCAGUGUUCCAGGACUGCAUCACAGCCUUCCAGGAGUGGCAGAGAAGCCAGUCCUUGGCGAACGGACGUCUGCCACCCGAUAGGAGAGCCUGCCCUCAGUGACGAGUGACUUGAACAACACCCAGGAUGGACAUUGUAAUCGGAGAGCAUCAUAUAUAUAUAUACUCUUUUAUUCAUUUUUUAAACCAAAGGACUGUGUGGCAGUUUAAGAAGUACAUCCACCACUCAUGCUAGCAGCCUUGGUGAGCAUAUAAACUGUUUUUUUGUUUGUUUGUGGAGCUUCGGAGAGAGCCCAUGUGUCAAACUGGGGAAAUGUGAAAGCUGCUGAACAGACCUUUAUAUUUAAAUGUGUCCCGACCACCAUAUUUAUAUGGGUUUGAAAUGUCGUCAGAAGAGGAAUAUUCAGUGUUGCUGGUUCUGGUGUGAUUCAUUCCAGGGCAUACGUGGCAGACAUUUUUACUUUAGUUACAAUUCAUCCAGAUGUAUAAUAGAACACAUUAAAUACUAAGUAGUUACAUUAUAGUGUACACUGAUAGCAUGGACUAAGCGGGCUAAGGUUUUAUCAUGCUCAAUAUUUAUAUCCAAACUAUCUCAUUUGGGGUUUCAUAUUCAUAAGCUUGUAAGUGGGACUUUUUCAGAUCUGUCUUUUUUCUGUCUGCCUUUACAUGCACCACUUUAGAGCGAGAGAGAACUUCAUUAUCAGGACUAAUUUGGACCAUUUUGAUGCAUUGAAAUGCCACUAGUGGGGGAAAAAGCGCUCAUUGCCACAUCUGCCUCCCAGUAAGUGAUGGGAUGCAGUCGGGAUAACAAAUGGUGGAGUAAAGAUUAGUGUUCUCUGUUGUAUUUUCUUUUUUCUUUUUGAAUGUAUGUAUUUAUAAGUGUUCAAUAUCAACAGGUAUCACCAGCUUCUUGUGAUGUUUGGAUCUAAAACAACUCAUACCAUGUACUGUAUAACGUCUGCAUAUAUAUAUGUAUAAAUAUAUAUAUAUAUACUACAAAUAUUGCUAUCAUUUCCAUAUGUAUAUAUUGAUAUCAUUUCCGAAUAUAUAUGAAGAGGACAACAAUAUUUUGGAGAUUUUUCCACUGCUGUAGGCCUUUUGUAAUAAUAAUUCUAAAAUGAAACACUGCUGAAGAGAUUGUGAUACUUGAGUAAUUUGGCACAAACUUUGUUUUCCUCGAAUCCCUUUCUGCUAGGUUCGGUAAACUAGUGCUAUGACACUGAACAAACUGCGCCUGGAGGGUCCUGCUGUAGUAGAAAAUUAUCCAUGAGUUAACUUUAUUCCCAUUCAAAUGUUGCAGAUAUAAGAGUGUAAAGCAACUACUCCUAAGAGGCUGCAAACUAAGAAUAAAGUCGUCUAAAACGUCAAAAAAAUUGUUGUUUUUUUCCCCCCGAUUUUGAGAACCUUAGGUCAUUUUUUUCUCAAAUUCCCAUUCUGUCUUCUUUAAUGAGUCAAACUGACUGUAAAAACAGGUGGAACAAAACAUACUUCUAAUGUGAAACAGAGAUAUUAAUGACGUGACAACAAUGUCUACAUUAACAUUUGUAACAUUACAGCUCCACCAGAUGCUGAACUGCCUGACUGGCCUCUUACAAGCCAAAACAGGCCAUGAAACAUUUAUUUCACCAUCUCAAACAUCGCAAAUACAAAAACGGGACCGGCUGGUGAUCAGUGGACUGCAUAAGUUUGAAAAGUUCAAGCUUUGGUUUGCCAACUAUGUUAAAGGACAUGUGAAUAUAUGAUUGGUCACAUUCUUACAUUGUCAACUAAAUGGAACCAAAUGAGGGUGACACUUGUUUUUCCAGCAUUGCUCCAUCAGUUCUGGAAAAAUGCAUUUUUGUAAACUUGCCACUUAACAUCCUUCUCUGCUUUUUUUUUUUUUUUUUUUACAGUAAAGUUAGGAAAUGUUAAAUUGUUUCAGUGCAACCUCGAGACAUCGUAGAAUAUAGAUGAAUACGGAAGCUGGUGUUCAGAAAAGUUAGCUAACUUAGCCUAGGAUGCCAUGUUUACUAACAUAAACAGGUAAACAGCUAGCAUACGGAAUGGAAACCCUUAUGUUCUCUCAGGUAUUCAUUUGCACUGAAUUUGCAUUUUCUUUUUAACAUGGACAUAUUUCCUUUUGGAUAAUCUGGAUUUGAGCCUCUUUCAUCAGUUAUAGUACAAAGGGAUUAAAAAUCACAUUGCGUCAUUAUGCUAUCUCCACUAUUCUUUUAAAUGUGUAUGUUUAUAAAAUGCGAUAUAUUUUGUCCAAAUGAAUAUGUUUAUAAAUGUCUGUCCAUAAAACUAUCCAGAAUUUCACAAACAUAAAAUGUAUGUAUAAAAGGUUUGUAAAGUGUAAUGCAAAAACUGCUCCAGUAUGUAAUGAGGUCAGAUGGUAGAUUUCAAAGCCAAGCACAAUUAUACAUCUUCUUAUUUAGCCUGUCUAUGCAGUAUAAUUUCUAAAACGUUCUUGUUUUGAUGCAUCAUCUGAAUGUGAGAAAUGAAUGUAUGAAUGAAUGCUUUUAGGAAAUAGCCAUAAGAAUUCACCCUCAGUCAGUUUGGAUACCUUGACAAAUGGUAAAAUGCUUUUGUAUUUCCCGUACACGAUAUGGAAACAUGGAAUCAUAUUCAUGUACUACUUGAAUCAUUUAUUAUGCUGUACAAAACAUAUAUCGUUCAACUGUGUAUCAAGUGUUAUAUGUUCAAAUAAACCAAACUCAAAUUUU